GCGGCCGUGGCUCGUGAGGCCGCCUCAGCCGGGCGUGUGCGCCGGGUCGCGCCGUUCUGGGCGCGAGCGCGGGCGGUGCCGGCCGCUGCAGGUGACACCGGUGCGGUGAGGGCCGCCGCGGCCCUGUGGAGAUGAGGAAACGGAGACACGGAUUAUCUGAACUAGAGAAUAUCUUACUGGUAGAACCAAGAUAUAAAGUUGGACAGUUUGACUCCAGAAUCUAUUCUUGUAACUACUACACUGUGCUGGUCCUUCAGUAAGCUCUAGAAGAUGAGUCGUGGGUGUCCAGAAAACAAUAAUUUCCUGACUAAUAAUAACCAAAUGGUACUGGAUAUGAUCCUUUAUCCAUUGAUUGGAAUCCCUCAGACCAUCAACUGGGAAACUGUGGCAAGGCUUGUGCCUGGAUUAACACCCAAAGAGUGUGUGAAAAGAUUUGAUGAGCUGAAGAGCUGUGGAAGUUCACCUGUUGACAACCAGUAUAACCCUUUAAUGGCUGCCGGAGAGGGUCCUGUUGAAACUUUAGCCACUUAUAUUAAAUCUUCACUUUUGGAUGCACAAGGAGAUUUCCAAGAGACUCCAGUUGAUCAAGAUACAGUUUCUAAAGCAGGAAGACAUAGUAUAGCUACCACAAGGAAUUGCUCUUCAGAAAGUGAGAACUGUACUGCCCGUAAUGCUGGAGAAGAGACUGCAGACUCUGAAGGGCCAAACAUGGUGAUCCAUGUAUGUGAUGAAGCAAAAAGCUUGAAAGAAGAUUUUAUUUGCCCACGAGAUCUUUUGAUAUCAGAAAUGAAGUACUUUGCUGAAUAUUUAUCUAUGGAUGCCCAGCGCUGGGAAGAGGUGGACAUUUCAGUUCAUUGCGAUGUUCACAUUUUCAACUGGUUGAUAAAAUAUGUUAAAAGAAACACUAAGGAGAGUAAAGAUUGUGAGGUUCCUGCUUUAGAGCCAGGAAAUGUCAUUUCAAUCCUUAUUUCUUCAGAGUUCUUGAAGAUGGAUUCAUUAGUUGAACAAUGUAUUCAGUAUUGCCAUAAAAAUAUGAAUGCCAUAGUAGCUGCCCCAUGCAACAUGAACUGUAUCAAUGUCAACCUCCUUACACGCAUAGCUGACCUGUUCACACACAACGAGAUUGAUGACUUAAAAGACAAAAAAGAUAAGUUUAGGAGCAAACUGUUUUGUAAGAAGAUUGAAAGACUGUUUGAUCCUGAAUACUUCAAUCCAGAUUCUCGAAAUAAUGCAGCAACACUCUAUCGAUGCUGUUUGUGUAAGAAACUUUUAACUAGAGAAACAGAAAGAAGAAUUUCUUGCAUCCCUGGAAAAAUCAAUGUGGAUCGACAUGGAAAUAUUAUCUACAUCCACAUAAGAGAUAAAACCUGGGAUGUCCAUGAAUAUUUGAAUAGUCUUUUUGAAGAAUUAAAAUCUUGGAGAGAUGUUUAUUGGCGUCUGUGGGGAACAAUCAAUUGGCUGACUUGUUCAAGGUGUUACCAGGCUUUCCUCUGCAUUGAAUUCUCCCACUGUCAGUACCACUCAGAGGUGGUCGUUUACUCCAGCACAGUGAACUCACUGAACACUGUGGGCACUGGAAUUUACCCCUGCUGUAACCAGAAAGUUCUUCGAUUUGAUCCCACUCAGCUCACAAAGGGCUGUAAAGUGAGGGACCACAUGGUUCUUCUUCAUGACCAAGGGGAAAAUGAUGAUUCGCUUUCUUGUCCAACUGCUAAAAUACUGGAUGAUCUGCAUAAGCACAAAGAUGUCAUUGCUGUACCGUUUUUAAAAGAUUCAGUUAGUGAUCCUGGGGUUGGCUCCUGUGAUGAGAAGGGCCUGGAAUAUGAGAUUUUACUGGAGCCAAAUACACCGUGGGGCUCCAAAACUGGGGAGCUCAAUGCUUUUCUGUCACUGAAAAACUGGACUCUGCAGUUGAAACAGCAGUCGUUGUUCUCAGAGGAGGAAGAGUACACCACCGGGUCUGAGGUCACUGAAGAUGAAGUCGGUGAUGAAGAAGAAAUUUCCAAGAAACAAAGGAAAAAGGAGAAGCCAAAGAAAUUUACUAAGCCACCAAAAAAGCAACUGUCUUCACCCUGUUCUCAAAAGAAAGAGAAGACACUGGAGAAGUCAACUUCUAGAGAUGUAUCUCCUUUCGUUGUGAGCAUGCAGAAGAACAAGUGGGAUGCCACAAGAUCCUUGAGAUUCAACCAGGAUGCACAGAGAGAGGACGAUCAGCGGCGGAUGUCUGAAAUUACAGGGCAUCUAAUAAAAAUGAGACUGGGUGAUCUGGACCGAGUCAAGGCAAAGGAAUCAAAAGAAUUUGCAGGAGGCAUUUAUUCUAGGCUUGAAGCCCAAGUCAAAGCCUCAGUGCCUGUCACUGCCCGGCAAAACAUCUCAGACAAAAACCAGAGGUCUAAAAGUCGUUUUGGUCAAGGGCGUCCUGCAUAAAGACCCUAGAUAUAAAAAGAGCGAAGGCACACUCUGGACAUCUGAAAUGCUCACUCCUGGAAGAUCUUCAAACACUGACUGCUAGGUGCUCUAUGAGUUACCCCUGCAGACCACACAAAUCAUGCUACGGUGAUACUAGGUGUUCCAUUAGUUAUCCCUGCAGACCACACAAAUCAUGCUUACACAAAUAUAUAGUUAGGUUUCGUUAAAAUCUUAACUGUAUAUAUAAAUUUUCCUAUAUAAAUUCCUCUUUGUAUAAUUCUAGGCUGUGUAGAAAAUAAUUGCAUACAUAGUUAAUAUUCCUAAUAUCUGUUGCCCUUUAUUUAUUUGACAAAGAAGAGGCCUAAGUUGGUAAGACCCUAAGAAAUUAAGGGCACAGGCCUGGGAGUGUCACUGUGCAGUAUACUGACCACUGUAUGUUUGGGGAGUGUGGAGUCUUAGGCAUAGCGUUGGGAAAUGAGUUUGUGUAAUGAGCUGUCGGUGAUGUUACAUUUAGCUGUGUGGAUUAGGGAGUGACCGAUCCCGACGCGGUGUUAGUAGAGUUUCAAGUGAGGGCAUCGCAGUACUAUGUUGGUCAAGAAGGGUUCAUCUUUCAGGAUUAUUAUAUGGAAAGUUCAAUGUUAGUUCACCUUCUGUUUCUUUCAAUUUUUCACAGUUAUCUGUAAAUCAUAGGAGCCUAAAAUGCGGUCCUUGCCCUUCUCCUCUGUGAAGCUAGUGACACUGGCCCUCCGAAGGCAGCGUGAGCUUGCCUGGUGCUGGGUCACUUCAGCUCUGUGGCACAGGCAAGCGCAGGCUUCUCACACCCACUCAUCCUCUGAGUCUCCUUCAACCCCCUCACAGCAAGGGACUGCUAGUCACUUAGAGACGGCUUCAAACUUCCCAGAUAGAGGAGACGUUCAAAUAAAACUAUUUUACAGAUCAUGUUUUUAAUUUUUUCUAACCAGGUAGACAGCACACUCAGGGAAAUUUUGUUCCAGACUGUAAGCAUGUACUGUUACGUGUUUGGAAAUUGUUUAUGGGUCUCUGAGAACCAUGAGAUGUACACCGUUUCUAUGUUUAGUUUUCCUUUGCCUUGUGACUCACAUCUUCGGAUUAUUCAGAGAAUAAAUCUUGUAAAAGAUUUACACCUAGUUCACACAAAAAAUUAUAAUUUUUAGUAUCUUUCAGUUGCUAUAUGAAGCUCCUAAUUUGUUAUUUAUGCUUUUAAUAUCUAUUUGGAAAUUUUAUUCUGGUAUACAGAUGCUUUUCAGUUAUCUGAUACUUCAGAAAUAGCUUUUAUCAUAUUUAUUUUCAAGAAAGUGUUCUUUGAAUGUGAUGUGUAAGUCCCAUGAGUUACCAGCCUUACUGUUGGCUCCUGGAUUCUCUGAAAGAGAUUUGGAUUUAUGUAUGUAAGCAUAAAUUGUGAUCAUUGUAAUUAGAAGGAAAUAUGCUCUUUUGAUUUUCACAAAUGAUGAAAGUGCUCAUUGCUUCUCUGCAGAGGGGGCUGAUUUACUGACUGAUGUUAACAGACUUUGUUGAAAUCUGAUUUCAUGUGGAAUGUGCUUUUUAUUUUGUGUCUGUCUGUGAUACACGGACAGGCAUUUCUUCUACCAAGUACUUUAAGGCUUUCCUUACAUUAAUUCUGAAUUCAAACUUAUUGAAAUAAAUGGCAAUGACAAAAACUGUG